UUCCAUUCUCUCAUUCCCUCAUUCAUUCAUCCCCUCAUUCUUCAAAAGGGGCCCCUUAUUUCUUCCUCCUCCUCUUCUCCAUCUCCUCGAUCCAUUGGAAGCCCAAAGCACAUCCCCCCUCCCGCCGUCGCAUUCCUCACCCCCAUCCAUCCUACUCUGUCCACUCCACUCCACUCCUCUCCACUCCUCUCCACUCCUCUCCACUCCUCUCCACUCCUCUCCACUCCUCUCCUCUCCACAUCCGAACCGAAAGGAGCGCCACCAUAAACCAUGUCCACCGAACAGCAGAAGGAGCGCCAGCGGGUCACCAAAGCCUGCGACAAUUGUAGAAAGAAAAAAAUAAAAUGUGAUGCCAAAGGUGAUACAUGCACGAGCUGUGAACUCCUCAAUAUUCCAUGCUUGUAUCUAGAUCCGACAAAGAAGCGAGGGCCACCUAAGGGGGCGGGACGAUACAUCAAUGCGAUCGAGGAUCGUCUGCACCGGAUGGAGGCCAUCGUAGGAGGACUCGUACGCGAUGAUGAUCCGCUUUCACACACAGGCGACGAGUUGCGAGCCCUCUUGAACGUCUCGUCAUUGAGAAGCCGGGGCUCCAGGGAUAGUUAUCACGAAAAUCAGACCCCGGACCCACUCUCUCGCCAACAGUCACCCUUCCUGCAGCAUACCAACCGUCCCAAACUGGAUCACCAGCAUCACCCGCCUCCAUUACAUGGCUAUACGGGCAUGAUGCAACAUGGAAAUCAACAACAUCGGGUGGCCCAAUACCUUCAGCAACAACAGCAUGCAUUCACUCAGCAACAACAACAAUAUCCAGCGCAGCUUGUUCAAACCCCUGACGUGGGCUCUCAAUCCCACUCGGAGGGGUUCCCGCAAACCAUGGACUCAACCCGCCCCGGCCCUCUCCAUCGCGACCUCAUCAGGGAAAACAACUUUACAUCCUUCAACUCUCCCUCACCUGUCCUCGGCUCCGAAAGUUCUGUCGGCGACUACGUAGAGUCACCAACGUCUUCCGAAAACCUGCCGACGCUGGGACUGAACACGCCCCCCGUCCAAGAGAUUGAGGAUCUGGAGGAUGAUCUGGGACACUUGACGUUGGACCAGCUUGGUCGUGAACGCUACGUGGGCAAGUCGUCUCCCAUGUUUUACGGCCGUCGACAUUACGGGGGGCAGCACUCGCCGGAAGCGGAGAAACCAGAGGCGCUCAAGUUCAUCGAAAACCUUGACUUGCCAUCACCAGAGGUUAUGACGCACCUUUUGAAUCUGCACUUUACCUACGUCCAUCCAUCUGCACCGGUCGUUGUAUGGUCAAAAUUCCUCAAGAGGUUGAAGGGCCGCGACUAUACGCCUUCGUUUCUGUUCCUGCUUAACAGCAUCUUUGCCCUGGCAUCCAGAUUCUCGGACGAUGUCUCACUCCGAAAGAAUCCAGCCAAACCCGAAACGGUCGGAGUUCACUUCGCAGACAAAGCCAGAAAGAUUCUGGAUACUCUUUAUGACUCGCCAGAUAUCUACUGCGUGGGAGGGCUAGUUCUACUCGCUUUUCAGCAGAUGGGCACCGGCAAUGGAUAUCGAUCAUGGAUGUAUGUAGGAAUCUCUAUCCGCAUGGCUCAACACCUGGGACUGAACCGAAACUGCCAGAAACUUAACCCCAACAUGCCUAUCGUGGAUCGAGAGGAGCGUAACAGGGUUUGGUGGACUUGCUUCAUGGGCGAUCGAAUCCUUGCGGCCUCAUUUGGUCGUCCACAGGGCAUCAAUGAGCAUGAUGUCGAUGCGACUUACCCAGAAGGAAUCGACGAGGAAAACAUCCAGCUCGAAUACAGGCUUGAGGGCGCAGCCUCGAUGCUUACAGGACCUGUGCCUGACUCGGAAAAGAAUUUUGUCCACAUGGCGUCGUUGAUGCGGAUCUUGGGAAGAGUCAUGGUCAGUCUCUACAGUCCGCUAUCCAGGGCCUCGUCAAAGUCUACGACAUCUAUGACAAAUCCUGCACCACUAGAGCAGCUUGACAAGGAACUGACAGACUGGCUAUUGACGUUGCCGCCACAUCUCCAGUUCCGAUCGGUUCAGCAAGAGUCCGGCACCCUUGUCUGCACAUUGCACAUGAUGUUUUAUGCGGUCCUGAUCUUGCUGCAUAAGCCCUAUAGCCACCGGUCGUCGCAUAUCACACCCAAUGAUCCAUCCAUCUCCUUGUCGAUCUGCACCUCUGCUGCUAACAAUACGAUCGAGAUGGCUAGCAACUUGAUGAGGGCCAUCGAUGAGAAGAGAGGCGUUUCCAGACUGAAGGACUUGUUGCAUCACUCUGUGUUCAUCUUUUUCACUGCCGGAGUCGUCCAUAUCACCAACUGCACGAGUACGGAUCCGGUCCUGGCCGCCUCCGCGAAGCUGCGCACGAUCGAAACGCUGAAAUGCAUGGCUAUGGUGGAGGAUGUUUGGAUCACUGGGAAGUGGUGUGCCAACAAUCUCAAGCAACUGCUCAAGGCUCGUAACAUCGAGCUGCCUUAUUCAUCUGAAGCGUUCAAGUGUCUGCCCCUCGGAAAUGUGGAGGACUUGAAGAAAAAGUUCGGAACUGGCUCUGCACAGCUGGAUCUCUCGAUAGCGGCAUCUAUACCAAAGGAACAGUCGUUUGCAUUCGAUGUUGACCAGAUCAUGGGAUAUUAUCAGGGUACCGACGCCAAACACCACGAGCCUAUGGGCCGCAACUCCCGUCAUUUCUCACCGACGCCAUAUUUCAGUCCAGCUGCUGGCAAUCAUCACUACCAUUCGCAGGCGCCGAUGAAGCCGCAUCCUGGACUGACGCAGGGCCACUCCCCUCUACCACGCCGGCCACGUCAGGGCAAGAAUACGUCCCCUUCACCAAGCAGCUCUGUGCCCUCGGUCCCAAGUUCUUCGGCCUCAACUCCAAACAAUGGAUUCUUCCCAUGCUUAGAUUCGUCAGCAGGAACCACUACAGCUUACAGUAUUAACAGCAACAACAGCAACGCCAACGUGAAUUCAUCGAUCGAUCCCUUCGCCGCGCCAGGCUCGGCAACAGUGACGACCCCUAAUCUUCAACAAUCGCCCAUCCAGGCUGAGCAGAAAUUGAACUUGUACCAGAAUCCGUUCUCGUCAUCGCUCUGGGGACUUCCAACCUCCAUGGACACCGAUGAAUGGAUGCUUUACAUGCAGAACAGCGGGAGCGAUGGUGAAAAUAUCUUGAACCUUGGAAUCGAUACACAGGGCAACGACGAUAACAACGGCAAUAACACCAGGCCCGAGAAUCCAAUGUUUGGUCCGCUGACGGAUAUCAACUCUGGAGGGAUGAAUCAAAACCAUUCUGUCGGCAUGGCCGCCAACAGUACCAUCAGCAAUUGUUCGACACCGAACAGGACACAUCCGUUGUCGCAGAGUAUGACAAGCAAUGAUCUUUUAGGCGGCGCCGAUCAGAGCGGCAUCAUCAACAGCCCGAACACUACACGGCCAUUGUCAUCAUCAAUACCUGCCUAUACAAUAUCCAUGAGUGAACCAUCUAUGUCGGCAGCAGGCCAGGCGCCAGUGUCAACAGCGUCGAUUCUCUCGGCUCACGCUCAGCAGCACCCAGUUACCAGCCAGGCACUGCUGACAACCCAGCAGCCCUCAGACCUCUUUUUCCUCAAUGGCAAUUUAGGCAUGGGCACUCAACCGCCACAACAGCAGUAACAGCAGCAGUAACAGUAACAGCAUCAAUAACAGCAACAAAAACAGCUAAUGCAGUUCCAGCAGUAGUCGGACCCGUAAUCCGGCCAGUAUUCCCGCCUGCGUAAUUGUAUCUCCCUCCACUCUGAUAUUUUAUUCUUUUGUACAUA